GUUUCUGUGUGGUCUUGGUUUCUGCAAUGUCGGGACGUGGAAAGCAGGGAGGCAAGGCUCGCGCCAAAGCUAAGUCGCGCUCGUCCCGCGCUGGUCUUCAGUUCCCGGUGGGCCGAGUCCACCGCCUUCUCCGCAAAGGCAACUAUGCUGAGCGGGUGGGAGCUGGCGCGCCAGUCUAUAUGGCAGCGGUUCUGGAGUACCUGACGGCGGAAAUCCUGGAGCUGGCAGGCAACGCUGCCCGCGACAACAAGAAGACCCGCAUUAUCCCUCGCCACCUCCAGUUGGCCAUCCGCAACGACGAGGAGCUGAACAAGCUGUUAGGCAAAGUGACCAUCGCCCAGGGCGGCGUUUUGCCCAACAUCCAGGCUGUACUAUUACCAAAGAAAACCGAAAGCCACAAAGCCAAAAGCAAAUGAA